ACCUGGCUGAGGAGAACCAGUGAGAGCCAGGCCCCCGGCGCCGCGGCCCUGAGCAGAAACGGUAGGGUGCGCCCCACCCGGCGGCCAGGCGGAGCCACAGAUGCCGGCCUCGGCCGGGCUGCCCCGCCCCUGCUCGCAUUUCCCGCUGCUGCUGUUGGCGGUGCUGAGCAGCCCGUUGUGCGGUCUGGUUCCCCGCUCGGUGCCCAGGACCUCGCUUCCCGUCUCCGAGGCUGACACUUAUCUUACCCGGUUCACCUUCCCUCAGACAUACAAUUACUCUGUUCUCCUUGUGGAUCCUGCUUCCCACACACUUUAUGUCGGCGCCCAGGACACCAUCUUCGCUUUAUCUCUGCCCUUCUCAGGGGAGAGACUUCGAAGGAUUGACUGGAUGGUGCCUGAGGCCGUCAGAGAGAAUUGUAAGAAGAAAGGCAAGAAGGAGGAUGAAUGUCACAAUUUUGUCCAGAUUCUCGCCAUUGCCAAUGCCUCUCACCUCCUCACUUGUGGCACCUUCGCUUUUGAUCCGAAGUGCGGGGUUAUUGCCGUGUUCAAUUUCCAGCAGGUUGAAGGAAUUGAGAGUGGCCGGGGAAAAUGUCCUUUUGGACCAGCUCAGCGGUCAGCAACUAUAAUGGCUGGGGGUGCUCUCUAUGCUGCCACUGUGAGAAAUUUCCUGGGGACGGAGCCGAUUAUCUCCCGGGCUGUGGGCCGUGCUGAGGAUUGGAUUCGGACAGAGACCUUGCCAUCCUGGCUUGACGCUCCAGCCUUUGUCGCAGCCGUGGACUUGAGGCCAGCUGAGUGGGGGGAUAAAGAUGGAGACAAGGAAAUCUACUUCUUCUUUAUGGAGACUUCUCAAGCCUUUGACUCAGACGAGCGCCUUAAAGUUCCUCGGGUGGCCCGUGUGUGUGCGGGGGACCUUGGGGGCCGGAGGAUCCUCCAGAAGAGGUGGACGACCUUUCUGAAGGCUGACCUGCGGUGUCCAGGGCCUGUAGAUGGCCGGGCCUCUAGUGUCCUGCAGGACAUGGCUAUUCUUCGACCUGAGACUGGAGUGGGGACUCCCAUCUUUUAUGGCAUCUUUUUCUCCCAGUGGGAGGGCGCUGCCAUCUCGGCUGUCUGCUCCUUCCGACCACAAGACAUUCGGACAGUGCUGAAUGGUCCCUUCAGAGAGCUGAAAAAUGACUGCAAAAGGGGACAGGCUGUCAUAGACAGUGAUGUACCCCAGCCCAGACCUGGAGAGUGCAUCGCUAAUAACCCGAAAUACCAGCAGUUUAACUCAUCACUCUCCCUGCCUGACCGUGUGCUCACCUUCAUCCGGGAUCACCCCCUCAUGUACAGGCCAGUGCUUCCAGCUGAUGGCCACUCCCUGCUGAUCACUACAGAUACAGUCUAUCUCAGAGUUGUGGCCCAUAGGGUGGCCAGCCUGUCAGGGAAAGAGUAUGAUGUGCUCUACCUGGGGACAGAGGAUGGACACCUCCACAGAGCUGUGCGGAUUGGAGCCAAUCUCAGCGUCCUUGAGGAUCUGGCCUUAUUCCGAGAGCCACAGCCAGUUGAGAAUUUGAAAUUGUGUCAAAGCUGGCUCCUGGUUGGCUCCCGUACUGAGGUAACACAAGUGAACACAACUAACUGUGGACGUCUCCAGAGCUGCUCAGAGUGCAUCCUGGCCCAAGACCCUGUCUGUGCCUGGAGCUCCCGGCUAGAUGCUUGUGUGGCCCAUGGUGGCAAGCAUGGAGGGCUGGUCCAAGACAUAGAGUCAGCGGAUGUCUCUUCUUUGUGUCCUAAAGAGCCUGGAGAACACCCAGUAGUGUUUGAAGUUCUUGUGGCGACAGCUGUGCAUGUGGUCUUGCCAUGUUCCCCAAGCUCAGCCUGGGCAUCCUGUGUGUGGCACCAGCCCAGUGGAAUGACUGCUUUUACCCCCCGGAGGGAUGGGCUAGAGGUGGUGGUAACCCCAGGGGCCAUGGGUGCUUAUGCUUGUGAAUGUCAGGAGGGUGGGGCAGCCCGCGUGGUAGCGGCUUAUAGCUUGGUAUGGGGCAGCCAUCAGGUUCCUCCCUACCCCUUCCCCACAAUCCUCCCCCCGCACACCCCCACAAACCCUCUCUCGCCCCCCUCCUCAAGCCCCUCCUCAAGCCAGGCUCAUGCUGUGGGUUCUGGACUGGCUGGCUUCUUUCUGGGGGUUCUUGCAGCAUCCCUGAUUCUUUUCCUGAUUGGUCGAAGUCAGCAGCGACGGCGACAGAGGGAACUUCUGGCUAGAGACAAGGUGGGCUUGGACCCGGGAGCGCCGCCAUCUGGGACCACAAGCCACAGCCAGGAUCCUCCCUCCUCUCCUGAAGAUGAGCAGCUGCCCCUGGCUCUAGAGAGGGGCAGUGGCUUUGGUGGCUUCCCCCCACCUUUUCUGCUUGAUCCUUGCCCGAGCCCAGCCCAUAUUUGGUUAACUGGGGCUCCUCUGGCCACAUGUGAUGAAACAUCCAUCUAGGGCUGGGCAAGUGACCACUAGUGCAAGACUGGCCACUGGAAUGGAGUGACCAUUGAGAUGUUGGGGUCACUGGGCCUGGAAAACCAUCAUGGCCUCUGAGUUCUCUUUGGCCUUUGAGUGAUCACUUGACUUCAGUGUCAGCCCUCUCUGGCCCUAGAUGGGUUCCAGGCCAGGCCUUUGUCUGUGUCCUGAUUCCUGAUUCCCAUGAGAGAUCAGAACUUCUCUCUACAGUGAAUCAGGGCUUUUCCCACCCCUGCUCUCUGAACCCCGGUGACCCCUUCAGUCCUGGCCCAUUAUUUUGGGCCCAUAAAUUUGGGGCGGGGCAUAGGACAUAGCUGUGACUUUGCUUCUGGUUUGACCCUGGCCAGAAGGAGGAGCUAUGGAGGUGGUUAGAAGCUAAUGUGCACUGAGUCCUUGGAGUGGUUUUGAUGAUUCUUCCAGUUUGUCUAAUUCUCUAUGGAGAGUGCAUGACCCCUCUCCACCCCACUUUUCCUUCUUCCAUGAAAGAGCAUGUGUACAUAUGAGUGUUUAUAGGACACCUGCCAAAUGUGCACGAAUGACGGGGCCGUUGCUCAGGUGUAUUCAUCAGGGUAAGGAGGGGUAAGGUUGGGUGGGGAAUUGAUUGCAGAACUUUAGACCCUAUAGCCAGUGAAGGAAUGGCUUUCUAAAAGGAAAUAAACAACUGCCCCCACCCCCCCAAUCACUUGUGUAGCAGGACAGGUGACCCCAUAUUUCAGUUUGUUUUUGCCUCCUGGCUGCCACCACUGCCAUGCACAGCUGCUCUCUUUCUCUGGCUCGAGUGCAGGCUGGACCCCCUUUUUUGGCUCCCAUUAAAAAUAAAUUUCACAACAUUCUAAAUAUUAGGGAACAACAGAAGGGGAACAGUCAGGAAAUACAAGCAGUGUAAAGAUAAGUUUGUAUCAGUGACUUUACUCAGGUUGACACCCUUGCCCUAAAGCAGUUAGUUCUCCAGUGGGGGUCCAUGGACUCCCUGAAAUCAUAUGCAAAAUGUUACCUGUAUAUGUGUGUCUGUGUUUUUCUGGGGGGGAUGUUUUAUGGCUUUCAUCAGAUUCUCAAGGCCUUAACACAGUUAAAGGACCACUGCCCCCAAGUCAUGACUCCGUUGGCCAAGCUGAGAUGGUGCCACUCAGCAGCAGCUCUCUGCCUCAGCCCACCUGCUCUGCGGCCAGCCCCUGGACUUGCAGCUCCUGGAUGCUGUCUCAUUUCUCCAGACCCUGGAAGCUGAGCUCUGUGCAUAUUUGAAGACACUAUCAACUCUCACUAAACUUAAAGACUUCUUCCAGCUUCACGGCGCGCACUUGCUUUAGGCUUCUCCUGCUCGGUUCUGGUCUUGGCCUGUAAAUGUGCCUCAUUCAUCCCUGAUGAGGGAACCCUCCCCAAACACCCUUGAGCUCCAGUUGAAGUUUUCAGCUCUACUUUCCUUGGCUGUCGCCUAUGAAUUACCCAAAAGUGUCCCCUUGGGUUUGGACUUGUCAGUGGCUAUGCCCUAAUAAGUGUAUGAUCUUCAGCAAGUAAUCUAACCUAGGAACAUUGGUUUACUCAUCUGUAAAGUGGGGAUAAUAAUACCUACCUCAAGGUUGCUACAAGGAUUAAAUGAGAACAUGUAAAGUAUAAAGCACUAUCUAUACCAGUA